AUGGCUUUGGCGCCGGUGGAGUUCCUGGGCGCGAGGGACGGCAGGGAGGCGCUCUACUACGCCAUCAUACUGUGGCUGUCCGUCAUGUCGUGGAUCAUCUUCACCUGUGACGGCGGCGGGACGAGGAGGAAGGGCCGUCGGGGCAGCCGGGACACCAAGGUCUUUGUCGGCGCCGAGCGCCUCUGCGACGGCACCAGGCCCAACUGCAGCGGCGGCUACGGCCUCUGCGGCUCCUGCGUCAACUAG